AUGCGAAACUCGAUGAGCUUCCCACGCUUGAAUUACACUAGGGCGAGCAGAGCUACCGCUCUCAUCUCACUUCCCUAUGUGCAUCUGUCUAUAUUCACGGUUUCUUAUUCGAAGGCUCAUUAUUCUAUUCUGUGUAUCUUAAGUUCUAUUUUGUUUUAUGUGCACAUUGAUGGGAGCGAUAUCUUUUUUUAUUUGACGGUUAGAUUUACCUUCUUUAUCUUCAAGUACCAAUCAGUUCUUGAUUUCAAAUCUAUCCCUCGUUCCCUUCCCUUUCAUCUUUGUCCUGGUGACUGA